UAGAACCGGUUCGACUCAUGGUGGUAGCGUGACCGAUCCAGCGGAACAUCCUGCAAAGAAAAAAAAAAACACAUCCCUCUCAAUUCUAGUGACGCUUGGGGUGAUUCCGCGAAUCAUUGUGACCAUUGCUAAUUCCGACAUUCAUCCGCAAACUGCUUCCGAUCGUGGAUGAAUGAUUGUUACUGAAUAGGGGUUAUUUUUAGAGCCUGUAAUCGAGUUUACAGUUCCAAGUUGGUGGUGCUCCUGGAUCAGUGGCGGUUGUGAGUGUAUGCUGUUAAUGACGUAUGCAUGCUCGUUUGCUGCGGUGGCGUUGAUUACACCCUGAUGAAGUACCACGGAACUCCAUUUGCGCGAGUACACUCAAUUAAAUGUGCGGCCGUCGUAAAAUGUUAUGACCAUUGGGUGAAGACUGUUGAUUCGGCAGCAUGUCGAAAUCAAUAAAAUGUAAUUAUGUGAGCUCCAUGAAGCGUGAAUGUUUCUGAUAACGGGAAGCAUGUUAUAAAAAAAAAUAGUGAAUCGAUUGAACAGUCUGUUUUUUCUCUCUCAUCUGUCCCAUUGCAGGCCCAUAAAUCAGUGCUUAGAUGGUGUGAAAAAAAAAUGCUGAAGCAUCAGUCUCCUUCGGAAUGAAUAACCGGGGCUGGCCGACUGGCAGUGACAGUGGAUGCGUAUGAAAAACUUCCAGUUUUGAAGUGGAUAAUGGCGAGGCAUAGCCUAGCCGAAAGUGUGUCGAAGGAUAGAGGCGAUGAUUAAUUAUGCAGCGUCCUGUGAUCGAAUGCGUGUAACUGAUCGACCCAAUAGCUAGGAUAAGAGCAAUGGCAGCGGCAUCGGACAUGACCUAGAUCUAGAUAUAACCUACGCUGAGAAUACGGAGUGCUUCGUGCUAUCCUCGUGUGGAUAUAUGAAUGUGUAGUGCGACGCUAAAUACGGUCCGUAAUAAUCCGAAUUCGUGAGUUGAUGAAGCCAUCGAAGGCACGCAUUUAACCACUAUUGGUUGGUUUAACCUCACUCGAUGUAAAUGUGUUUGCUCGCGUGUGUACAGUUAACUGUAAAUAAUACCGAGAACAGCAAUUUUUCCACCUUUAAAACCCUCUUGAAAAUAUAUUCAUGUGUACAGAAAACAGUGUUGAUUAGUACCAGUGCAAGCGUUAUUAGAUUCUUAUAAGCAGAUAAAAAAUAUAUCACAAUAGAUCAGUUUUCUUGAGCAUGUUAUUGCCGAAUUUUGCAUAGUUCAAUAAUUAAUCACAAAACAAGUGUUGCAUUCAUAUAAUAAGCCAAAGUAAUUCAAGGAUAUAUAAAAUAGCAAAUAAAGUUGAUCCAUAUAGCCACAUUACUCGUUCGCUCUAAAUAAAAAAAAAAAGUUACUUACACGAUUUCAUCCGAAAAGCUUGGCAAAUAGUAUGAGCUGAACGUAAAAGCCAGAAACCAAAAAUAACGAAGCAAGGAAAUGUAAUAAAGUUUAUUCCAAGUGCUGUGUGUGUGCGUGUUUAAUAAGCAAGUGCUUCUCAUGCAAAAAAAGCAUUUCAUGGAAACUCCAAACUACCGCAUAAUGGCAACAUUGGUUUUAGUGCUUGUGUAGAAACAAAUCCUCCUCCCAUCCGAGACCAACGCCCCCCCCCCCCCCCCCUCAAGCCCUCGUUUCAACGGGAAGCGGGAAGGAGGGCUCCAAGUCACAGUGGAAAACAUAAUACUCGUAGGUAUUAGGCAAAAAUAAAUAAAAUGCUAACUGUUCCUUUCCUCGACAACCCUUGCUGCUAACCUGGAACGUGAAGGUACCGGUCGAGCAAGCAAGGGCGAGUUUUCAUGGGAAAUGACCAACGGUUGGUAUCCGCUGAGAUCCGCUCGUUUGUGCUUAGAAAAUAGUGCAAAGCUUUCACAGAAGAAAAGUUUCAACGAAAAAAAUAAAAAAAAGUGAAACCAAGAAGAAGGGGAGGAAAAUUCACAGUUGGAAAACUUUUCCUUUCGCCGAUAUUGGCGUGCCAACAGGCAAAAGCACGUCAACAGAGCAACAACAACAAAAAAAAAAGAAAUAAUAAUCCACAACACAACGACAGACCGUGUGAGGAAAAUCCGUUCGUUCCGAAGCUGAAUGGCAGCGAAUAAUGAAACGAGAGCUGGAAAAUUUAUGAUUAGUGGUUUGAUUGUUAGUGUGGUGAACUAUCGCUAGUGCUUCUGAAACUGUUACUGCUCACCUCGUUCGUGUUCCAGUUACUACUAUUCCAUGGCGGCACCGAUUAACUGUUGACAAUAUAUGUGUGACCAAUUGGCAGAGGACCCAAAACAUCCGGAAAAAUGACCGAUGUAACGACACCUAAUGAUGGACAAGGCACAACAGGGGCAAAGCAUCAGGUCGUUGCGUACACCGAAAAGUCGCAGGAUAAGCAUGAAUCACGUCACAUCCAGCUGGUGCGGGAGUAUGGCUUCCAUCCCCGGUCCAAGGUGCAGGUUGAGGACGGAGCCGUGCUGCCCCGCAAGUUCGAACCCUUUCCGGACGAUAUGUACGGUCGCCCGCUGGAGGAAAUCGAUAACUUCAUCUACGAAGAGACCUUCUGUGUGGUGUCGAAGCGAUUUCGGAAGAACUAUAUACAUCGCUUCACCGGAACCAAAAGUCUGUUCUGUUUCACCCCGUGGAGCCCCACUCGACGUGCCUGUGUCUACCUGGCGACGAACCAGUUCUUCGACUACUUCGUCAUGGCCACCAUUUUGUUCAACUGUAUCUUCCUAGCGAUGUCCGAGACAAUCGAGGAAGCGGAGUAUAUAUUUUUAGCAAUUUAUACAUGCGAAAUGAUAAUCAAAAUGAUAGCUAAGGGUUUUAUUCUUAACAAGUACACGUAUCUGCGAAAUCCUUGGAAUUGGCUGGAUUUCGUGGUAAUAACUAGUGGGUAUGCGACGAUUGCCCUCGAUGUCGGUAAUCUAGCUGGUUUGCGGACGUUUCGCGUGCUUCGGGCACUCAAAACGGUAUCGAUAAUGCCGGGUUUGAAAACUAUCAUCAAUGCGUUAUUGCAUUCGUUCAAACAACUGGCAGAGGUCAUGACGUUGACAAUAUUCUGUCUGAUGGUGUUUGCCCUAUUUGCAUUGCAGGUCUACAUGGGUGAACUGCGCAACAAAUGUGUCAAAAAUAUUCCGGAAGGCUGGAAUGUUACCUACGAGGAAUGGCGGAUGUGGGUGAACGAUACCGAGAAUUGGAUCAUCGAUGACGAGGGUCUACCGAUGCUAUGUGGGAACCUGACCGGAGCUCGACACUGUCCACCAGAAUAUACGUGUCUCUGCGUAGGGGAAAAUCCAAAUCACGGCUACACCAAUUUUGACAACUUCAUGUGGUCAAUGUUAACAACCUUCCAGCUGAUUACGCUUGAUUACUGGGAGAAUGUAUAUAAUAUGGUCCUCGCGACAUGUGGUCCCAUGAGUGUGUCAUUUUUCACAGUUGUUGUGUUUUUUGGUUCUUUCUAUUUGAUUAAUUUGAUGUUGGCUGUUGUAGCUUUAAGUUAUGAGGAGGAAGCUGAAAUCACACAAGAGGAACGCCGGAAGGAUCUGAUCGACCACCGAGACGACUCAACUUUCAGCUUUGAUCCGGCCAGUUUGAAUGUGAAACAGCUCAGUAAGCAACAGCGCAAGAAGCUAGACGCGCGGAAAGGGGUACUGCUGGCGUCGUACUCUCGCAAAAAGACUCGUCGGAGAAAAAAAGGCAAAGAGGGUGGCAACGACGGAAACAAUCACUCGAAAAGUAGAUCGGUGACACCGAGUCCCAGUCCGAGUCCGAGGCACAGUAUAGUGAGACCACAGGCAUUGGCGCUGCAACGGACGAAGGGAAUUCUGACACAGGCUCCACCGAGGCCACCGCCCACCGAGCAUCCGCAGCAUCAGAAUCCCAACACGUUGCACCCUUUAGGUCUCCACUAUCGUGGCCAGCUGCUGCCAUCAAGUCGACAAGCUAGUUCCAACGCGAGCGAGGGCGGUAUCAACCGUGAAUCAUCUCUGGACGAUUCCGGUGUGGUGGAUGACCACGAGGAGCAGGACGUAACCGGCACCGAGCUGGUGCAUCCUUCUCUUGUGGAGCAGCGGGAAGUAACACCGGUAACAUUGGCUUUAUCACCGCGGGAAGUUAGAAUAAUAAAAUGUAACGGUAAUUUAGCGAAAAUCAAGAAGCACAGCGUUUAUGCCCUCCAUCCGGAAUACUUGUCGCAAAUUGUUGUACUAGACGAUCUUCCUGAUAGAAAUUGUGAUAGAUGUGUUCAAUGUUGUGUCAACUACGAAAGGUGGUUGCAGUUUCAAAAUUGUUUAUACAAAAUUGUUAAGGAUCCAUUGUUCGAAUUAGGGAUCACACUAUGUAUUGUUUUAAAUACAUUGUUUUUAGCUGUAGAACACCACGGUAUGAAUGCGGGCGUACGUGAUGCGUUAGAUAUUGGUAAUAGGGUUUUUACAUCGGUUUUUACACUCGAGUGCAUUUUGAAAGUGUUGGCCCUGUCGAAGGAUUUUUUCUUAUGUGGCUGGAACAUAUUCGAUCUGAUUAUCGUUUCAGCCAGCUUGCUGGACCUAAUCUUCGAACUGAUGGAGGGUCUGACUGUGCUGCGGGGGUUGCGAUUGUUACGGGUACUAAAACUAGCACAAUCAUGGACCACGAUGAAGGUCCUGCUAAGUAUUAUCAUAUCGACAAUAGGUGCUUUAGGUAAUCUGACGUUCGUGUUGGUGAUUGUUAUCUAUAUUUUUGCUGUUAUCGGAAUGCAGUUGUUUUCCAAAGAUUAUACUCCGGACAAAUUUGCACCGGAUCCGGUGCCCAGGUGGAAUUUCAACGACUUUUUCCACUCGUUCAUGAUGAUUUUUCGCAUCCUGUGCGGAGAAUGGAUCGAGCCGCUGUGGGACUGCAUGCGGGCGGAAGAAGAGGAAGGGGCUUCCUCAUGCUUUGCCAUAUUUUUACCAGCGCUGGUGAUGGGAAACUUUAUGGUUCUAAACUUGUUCUUGGCGUUGUUACUCAAUAGUUUUAAUUCGGAAGAGCUGAAGUCCAAGAAGGAGAGUUUUGAACAGGAAGUCGGCGAGGACUCCAAGCUGGCGCGUAGCUUCGAACGGAUCCGCUCGAUUGUGCGCAAGAAGCGAAAUGCCAACAAGGAGAAAAAUGAGAACGAUACCAACACCCGGCUCGAGCAGCUGGUGAACGAGAUCGUGAUCAAGCAGCGAGAGGAGAAGAAAGUCCAGUCGACCACUCUGGUGGCAUCGAAGGAAGUUACCACGGCGCAGACAGAGUUUGGCCCUCCGAGUGGGCCGAUUUACAGCCAAAGUUAUCAGGAUUCCUUGAUUCAGCGUAUGUCAACCGCCGAGCUCUGCUACGAGAUCCCGCUGAAAGACCGACCGCUGCGUACGAUUUCGGGCAGCCAGGAAACAGUUAGCCAGAUGGACGAUCGACAGCUCCCGGACGACAGCCAACAGCAGAUGACUGAUGUGGAGCGGAAAAUUCUCCAGCAAAUGUCUUCCGGUUUUGGCACCCAGCAGAGCAAAGACGAGCCAACAGCUACUGAAUCGCUCGAGCUGCGCACUCUCAAUCCAAUCAGUUCUUCCAGGAUCGACCCAAACGAACAGUCGAUUCAUAUUUCCGAUUCGCAGCCGUAUGACGAGGCAUACCUGCAGUACCAGAAGUCUCUAUUGAAUCGAUCACCCAGCUAUCGCAAAUCGUUGGAUAAAACCUCAUCACGAACAUCCAGCGCGCAUUCGUUGGCCAAUUCGCUAGCGAAGUGUCACUCACCACUGGUACAGGAGGUCCUGAACGCGGGUUCGACCUAUCUACGCAAUAGCAAUAUCUCGCUUAUACAAUCGCCAAGGCCGGUACCUAGACGUGAAGAUAAUCAUUUUUUAGUAGCCGAUAGAAAAAGUAGUUUAGAGAAAUCGAUUACGGCAUCUCCGCCACAGUCGGCCUCCCAGCCGCUCAGCCAACAACGUUCGCCAAGUACCAGCAGUAGCAUGCGCAAGGCGGUGCUGGCCGCCAACCGUCUUUCCGAUCACUCGCUGAACACACUAUCGAUCGAUCAGGAUGAGCUGAUCAACCAAAUGAAUCUGAAGGACGAACUGCUCAACUGCGAGCAGAAGGAGUUAUUUCAGUUCCUCAACGAUGAGAUUGACAAUAGCAACAAUUACUUCAGUGAUACAGUAGGGUACAGCAGUGCGGUAGUGGAGGCGGAGACUGAAAGCUUGCUGAUGAGCAGCACUCAUGCCAAGAAGGAGGAUAUUAUUUAUUCACCCGAUCGGAAGAUUUCCAACGGUAGCCUAAAGUCUAAUUUAAGUAGUAUUUCUAAUUCAAUUUUCCAAGCAUUGGAAAGCCGCCGUGGCGGUAGCAUAUGUGGUUCAAUCGACAAACAGCGACCAACGAUUGCUGUCGACAACGGAAGUAUGCUUUCGCAUAGAGAUAGCGAUGACAAGGAACCACUGGUGAAAGCAUCCGAGUUUGACGACAUCAUCCAUAGUUUUGAUACCGAACUGAAAAGUCUCAAGUCACUUUCACUGGGACGAAGUCAUUCCCAAACGGAUCCGCCUCUGUCGCCCGAGUUCGAGCGACGCAAUUCAGACACCUGUCCUGUGAAACCCUUGCUAGAAGAAGUGGUUCGUUUACGAAGGCCCAAAUCUAGUACCGUUUGUAAUUAUAGACGUAGUAAUAAAGAUAACAAUGACACGCAUGGCAAUAAAACUAGUGAUAACGAUAAUAACGAGAAUACGUGUAACAAUAACCCUAGGACUAGUACCGGUAACGAUAGUAAUAGCAGUAAUACCGAUAGCAAUACUCAGCGCAGCGAAGCGUCCAAACGACGAAGUCUGGAAAAACAGCGCAACAUUACCGACGAAGAGUUCAACAUGGGACUCGAAAUAAAGAAACUCUGUGAUCAACUGCAGGCGCCAUUCGCCGCUGCUCAACAAGAGCUCAAUAAUGGGCCACCAAUUCUCAUGACCAGCUUAGGUCCACCAACGAGCCAACCCACUGGUAGCAACAAUAUUAGCACAAUUCCGAUUGUGUUCAGGAGGAAAAAUGACUUCCACAGUAGUUUCGAUAGGAUUAAACGCCUCAGUCUUAUCGAACGGGUUGAGGAAGGUAACGAAGAUGAAAAAGCGGUGGUUCAACCGCCUAGGGCAUCCAGUGAUAAACUGCCACGAAAAAAUCUUUCCAAAGAUUGCCUGGAAACACUCUCCCUCACGAGCAACUACAGUGUAGAAAACUGUAACAAACUAUUAAACGAAAACAAUCGACAAAUUGGAAUAAGCAUACAAGAAUUCCAACGAAACAUUGCCCAAGAAAACAGUGCCGAACCACCAAAACCACCUCCGAAGAAGACCGUCACGUAUGGCGAUGCGUCAAGGCAACACAGCUCGCAGCAACCUACCCCGAAGAGGACACCCUACAAGACCUACGAAUCAGACGCACCACUGAACCUAGCAGGAAAGCCAUGGCAUUGUCUGGUUUCUUACGUGGACGACAUCACCGUUGGUGGUCGUCGCAAUUCGCAAGGUGUCUACGACGAUCCCAUGGCGUUUCCUAGCUUUGGUCGCCGAAAGGCUCCCAAGAUCCCACAAGACUGCUUUCCCCAAAAAUGCUACGAAAAAUGCAAGUGCUGGGACAACUGCCUGAAAACCGACCUCGGCCAGCGUUGGUACCGAUUUCGGCAGUUUAUCCUACAGUACGUAGAUACGCCAGCGUUCGAGUGGUUCGUUUUGGUCCUUAUCUUCUCCUCAAGCAUUACGCUCUGCUUCGAGGACAUCCAUUUGGACAAGAACAAGGAUCUGAAGCUGAUACUAUACUGGACCAACUUUGUUUUCUGCCUGAUCUUCAUAAUCGAAAUGUUGCUCAAAUGGGUCGCCCUGGGGUUUACCAAGUAUUUCUCCAGCUUCUGGACGAUCCUGGAUUUUAUCAUCGUAUUUGUGUCGGUUUUCUCGUUGCUGAUCGAGGAGAACGAAAACUUGAAAGUACUACGCUCGCUAAGAACGUUGCGCGCCCUGCGACCACUGCGAGCGAUAUCCCGAUGGCAGGGCAUGAGAAUAGUAGUGAAUGCAUUGAUGUAUGCGAUCCCGUCGAUCUUCAAUGUACUCCUAGUAUGUCUCGUCUUCUGGCUGAUCUUCUCGAUCAUGGGCGUACAGUUUUUUGGCGGGAAGUUCUUUAAGUGCGUUGAUGAAGAAGGCGAACUGCUACCGAUACAUAUCGUCAACGACAAGUGGCAGUGCUACGCCCUAAAUUAUACCUGGGUCAACUCAAAAAUCACAUUCGACCACGUGGGUAUGGGCUAUUUGGCGCUGUUUCAAGUGGCAACCUUCGAAGGAUGGAUGGAGGUUAUGGCGGAUGCGGUAGAUGCGAGAGGCGUUGAUCUUCAACCACAACGAGAGGCAAAUCUUUACGCUUAUAUAUAUUUUGUAAUUUUCAUCGUGUGUGGAUCGUUUUUUACGCUCAAUCUGUUCAUCGGAGUUAUCAUCGACAACUUCAACAUGCUGAAGAAAAAGUACGAGGGUGGAGUGCUGGAGAUGUUCUUGACGGAGUCCCAGAAACACUACUACACCGCCAUGAAGAAACUGGGCCGGAAAAAGCCCCAAAAAGUGAUCAAGCGGCCGAUCAAUCAGUUUCUGGCAAUGUUCUACGAUCUUUCCAACUCCAGGCGAUUCGAAAUUGCCAUUUUCGUGCUCAUCUUUUUGAACAUGCUGACGAUGGGAAUCGAGCACUACAACCAACCACAUGCCGUUUUCUUCGUUUUGGAAGUCAGCAAUGCCUUUUUCACGACUGUGUUCGGACUGGAAGCGAUCGUAAAAAUCGUUGGUCUGCGAUACCAUUACUUCACGGUGCCCUGGAACGUGUUCGACUUUUUGCUGGUGCUCGCGUCCAUCUUUGGCAUUCUGAUGGAAGAUAUUAUGAUCGAUCUGCCCAUUUCUCCAACGUUACUGCGAGUAGUGCGAGUUUUUCGAAUCGGACGAAUACUGCGAUUAAUUAAGGCUGCAAAAGGUAUACGAAAGUUGCUGUUUGCCUUAGUAGUAUCGUUACCUGCGCUGUUCAACAUCGGAGCAUUGCUAGCAUUGAUCACGUUCAUCUAUGCCAUCAUUGGAAUGUCAUUGUUUGGACAUGUGCGUCAACAGGGUGCGCUAGAUGAUAUGGUGAACUUUGAAACGUUCGGCAGAAGUAUGCAACUUCUAUUUAGACUGAUGACAUCGGCUGGUUGGAACGAUGUUCUGGAAUCGUUAAUGAUUCAACCUCCUGACUGCAAUUUGUCGAACGAUCCAUCGAACGGAGACUGUGGCCAUCCGUUGCUGGCGAUCACCUACUUCACCAGCUUCAUUAUAAUCAGUUAUAUGAUUGUAAUCAACAUGUACAUAGCCAUAAUUCUGGAGAACUUUAACCAAGCUCAUCAAGAAGAAGAGAUUGGUAUUGUCGAGGAUGAUCUGGAAAUGUUCUAUAUUCGAUGGUCAAAGUAUGACCCACACGCGGGACAAUUUAUCCACUUCAAUCAGUUGUCUGAUUUCAUCGCUUCGCUUGAUCCUCCGCUGGGUAUUCCUAAGCCGAACACGGUAGCGUUGGUUUCCUUCAAUCUGCCCAUUUCUAAGGGUAAUAAAAUUCAUUGUCUGGACAUUUUACACGCACUGGUCAAACAUGUUCUGGGUCACGUCGAGGAGACCGACAACUUCAAGCAGCUGCAGGAUCAAAUGGACCAAAAAUUCAAGAAGCAAUUCCCGACCCGCAAAGAGCUGGAGAUUGUUUCAUCCACUCGUAUCUGGAAACGACAGGAGAAGGCGGCCAAGACUAUUCAGACCUCGUGGCGUGAAUAUCUAAGGCUCAAGAAGGAGCGGGAGCGUUCGCCCAUGUCACUGGAAGACGAAAACACACAGAAUUCGAGUCCCGGUGGUUGGCAGAGCAAACUGUCGGCCCUUAACUUCCUCCAUCUACAGGUGCAUCGACGUGGUACAGCAACUUCAAGCCGUUGCUCGUCCCGCAAAUCAUCCCGUGCUUCCGAUGCUUCCGAUCUGAGCGAACUCGCAGGUCCAUGGUUGAACCUGCCGCUGAUGCUCGUGUCCGGCACUAGCGAUAUGGUGAAGGAUGUCAAGCAGCAACACGCCAAUGGAAUGGAAAUGAAAGAAAUUCCAGAGGGCAAGAGUCAACGGCGGAGAAGCUUUUAUAAUUUUCCAUUUUUUCUUCGCCAUCAGGAUGCUGUAGAGGAUUCUAAUAAUUCGCCACAAACACAAAAGAAAUCCAUUAAAACUAGCGAGACAAAUCUAUCCCUCAAUACCUCACUGGAUAAGGCGGUACUACCGGCAGCAUCGUCUACCCCAACGAUGAAACCCAAGCGAGCAACGAGUUUUGUCAAGAAAAAACCUCCGUUAGAACGGGGAUUUUCAGCGCAAAGUGCGUUGCGAUUGAAUCGUAAUCCAGCAGUUCCCGAUGACAGUCUUUCGGCUUCAACAGCUGAUGUAAGUAUUCUUGUGACUGAGCCAUCGCCCGAUGUGCCUACCUGUCCAAAUCUGACAAAGGUACCCGGUGAAGCCACCCUCGUGCACGUUUUAGUUCAUCGUGAAAGUGAAGAGUAUCAAUCAGAUGCGGAAGAAAGAGACGAGACAAAAGUGAAAGAGCCCCGUGAUCCCUCCAAAGCUAGUGAUAUUAAAAUCUCCCCUGGCACGAAUAUUGAUUAUCAAAUUCUAGGUGGCAGCGAAGACGAACCACGACCGGUGGUUACAAUCUGUGUUGAGAGCCCCACAGAAUCACCCGACACGCCAGAUCAGCAACGGGAGCAGCAGCUUGGCCCUCAACAGUCACCCCAGCAGCAGGACACCGUGAUCGAUAUGAUCGACCCGGAGCCGAUCGAUGUAAACCUUCCGCGGGACACAUCCAACAUAUUCUACGACUACGAGGAACCAAAAGACAUCAAACCAACUCCCCCAGAGAUACCUCCCAGAUCUCAUCCAUUUUCUUUACACGACCUGGACAAGAUCGAGUACGAUAACCAAGAGAUGAGCAGUAGCACGAGCAGUGCAUCCAGCAAUAAGAGCAGCAACAGCAGUACCAGCAACGGGGACCAGUUUCCUCAGGACGAGGAAGACCUGCGGAGAGCCAGCUGACCAACCGAGCCGCCGAAUCAGGAUAACAACGGCUACUGCAUACCGGAUAACACUAGUUGACAAUCUUCCUUUUCUUUUUGAGUACAUUUCCCCCCGGCAGAACCUCGGUUGCAACAAUAUGAACCAAUGAAAUUGUUUGCGUUUCUAGCUGUUCAAAGUAGGUUUUGUCAUCAGGUUUGUUUUAUCUCAUUCUUCCGGAUCACAAGCUCGAUUAAGAGUACUUCUCGCAGAUACAUCUGAGCAGGUUCGCAGUUUGAAUGACUUUUUUUGUUUCGGUAACGUAAAUGUUGUAAAUAGGUCUAUGUAAAGUGUAAAGCUGUAACCUUAAACUAACCAAGUCUCCAAAAGUAAGUGGCUAUAAAAAAUUACCGUUUCAUUAAUAAAGAUGGUAUUUUUGCGUACAAUAUAUUUGAACCAGAUCACGCGGAAGCCAACAUUAUUGUUCGAACAAACGAUCUGAUGUGAAUUCUAUACCACAUUGUUUCGGAUGUCUAUCAGGUUGUCUUUUUCAUUUCAUAGUUAUCCUCCUUGCAACGAUUUGAUUUUCGAAGCAUGCUAAACCCCAUAUAUCUUCUAAUUAUUGCAAGAUCGUUACCAAUCAUUCGAUUUCAAUCUGGUAUUAUUCAUGACUGAAGUUGAGGACGCCCGAUUCGAUCAGAGCACCGCGUCUCCCGGCAGGCACUUCGUAAUAUAAAUUUCCCCGUUCACGACCAGUCCGGAGCUAAAGAAGAACGGCUAUGAGAGCGGCCCUACUCGCUGAUUGUCAGCCACAGCAGCACCUUCUUGGGGAACUUGGUGUGUUUACUUUACUUCGGUGCUCACUUCCUUCGUGGGGGAAGUAAAAUACGAAGUGCCCUGCCAGUCGUUUCCAUCCAGGGUGAGAUAGGUCUCGUCGUCCAUCACCACCGCCACGUCGCGAUCGCCGGGAAAAUCGACUUGACCAUCUUAUUCAGUCGCUGCCGCUGCGUCGUUGCAUGCAGCUCCGAGACCAGUGGACAGAACUUCUACCAACGACCUCCCAGCCAAGCGCACGCAGCGAUGUAGCCACUUUUCUCUCGAUCUUCCUCUUCAGCAUCCUUCGGAGCUUCUUGCCGCUCAGGGCGUCAGCCGUCCGGAACCGGGAUUUCUUUCGAUGUUCUGAUUGUUGUCCAAUAGUGCCAAGAUGUUUAGGGCUAUAAUUGUUAUUCGUUGAUAUGAAUAAAUAAAUGAAUAAAUGUUGUAGAUGCCGGAACGGACGUAUCCGGCGUCCACAAAGUGCUACACGAUGUCCGUUUUCGAUGCGGCGAGGUACCGUUCUUUGAACGCGCACACUUCUAAACAGAGUAGCUUCACUGUUUUCGCCAUCACGGUUAGACUUCGACUGAUAGAGCUGUCAUUUUUUUCUGCUGACUCAUGGGUCACUAUGAUUGCUGCUACAUGGGUAGUUUCGUCAGUGCGUGUGAAGGUAAACCCAUGAAAAAUCGGAAAUUUUUGUCUAUUUUUCUUAAUGCAAUUGCUAGAGUGGCAAUGGGUGUAUGGAAAAAAAUAAUCAUCGAAUUUAAAGGACCGACCAUGUACAUUUUGUUUAUUGGCCCAAAAUAAUGACCUGUGCAAAGUUUCAGCUCAAUCGGACAAAAGCAUGCAAAACUUCGAUUUUUUUGGCUUCUCUGGUCCCUAAAAAAAUUGUUUCUAGAUAACUCCAGAUCUUGCAAUUUGAAGACAUUUGUCUUCAAAAUAUUUUUAUUGAAAGCUCCGAUUUCCUUGGGAGAUUUUUGAGGCAAUUUUAGGUCAUUCGGCAUCGAAAACAAAAAUUUGAUUUUCCAAAUUUCAUUUCAACCCAUUUCAACAAUUGUUGAUUCCGUUGAGGCCAAAGAGGGCAGUUCAGCUGGAGUCGUGACUGAACAGCAGGACAGUCAAAACAUCUUGACAGAAUUUUAUGAACAGUCUUUGCCGUGAUAUCCUUGCGUCGCUGCUCGAGAGGAAAUUCGUAGAGUGCCAGGAUCACAGAAUUCUCUGCCAAUCCGAAAGAUAGUUCCAAGAUACGAUACGCUUUGUUGAUGAUGUAGAUGUAAUGUUGUCUAAACGACAUUGGGCUAUCCAAAAUAGCACCGAGAUCCGUGACGAUGUCACUGCGCUGGAACAACGAGCCAUUAAUGUCAUAGACAAAAACUAUAGACUGUUUUUUACGGGUAAAGCUGAUAGCAGUGUAUUUCAGAAUACUGAUAGUCAUGUGAUUCAUGCUGCACCACUCCGCGAAUGAGUCAAUCAAGUUUUGGAGUUGUAGACAGUCUGAGGCGGUCUCAAUUGGCAAAUAAAUGUUUACAUCAUUUACACAAAACUGCUCAAAUUUUCCAAAACUGAAUGAACGAUCGGAAAAAGUCAUCAAGACUACACUCCUAACUUCACAAAAGCUCUCUCUCUCUCUCUCGACAAGAUUCAAAAAUACAGAAGCACUAUCCGCCAGACUCCAUGUAAAUCGACGCGUUGUCUUAUUGUGUUUUAUUCGCAAUGGCAUAUAAGUGCUGUACUUCGCCAAUGCAUUAGUUGCUCAUUAAUGACGGUACGUGUUAGUAAGCACAAAAAUGGGUAGAACAAAUACAUGAGGAGUUGGGAAUAUUUCCAAUUUUCGUUGAUUUAAAUCGUUCAUAAAUUAGGGAAUCAUGAUAUAUAGCAUAGCAAACAAAUCUUUCCGAGAAUCAUCAAAAUCCGUUCGUGGCCAAAAUAGUUAUGAAUAUUAUCAUUAUUUCAUAAAAAGUUCACGUUUUCUUAUUUGGCCACCUUACUGAAAUACGUAGUUCGGGGGCACUCAAAUAUGUAUACUUUCACCGUGGCAGUCUGUUCAUAGUAGAAAAUAAUAGCCGUGGACCGUUGAUUGGGAUACAUGUUUUCACUUCUUCCAAUGCAUAAUACUCAACUGUAGUACAAAUAGUUAUUGACUAAUAAUUCAUCAAAGUUUUAUGUGUAAAUAGCCAUCAAAUAACUCCCUAGAAAAAUCUCAUGCUUAGCAUUAUACAGAAUUACUACAAGGUUCAAUAUAUCAUAGAAUGAUAUUUUAAUGCCUUGUCUGAUGAAUGACUGUUGUUUUUGAACAUCAAAAACGUUUUUACAUGAAAAUUUCAACACUUUUGAAAUACUCUCUUAUUUACACUGAGUGAGUUUGAGAAUGGGUCAAGCAAAAAUUGAACAUAUACAACUAAGUUGCAGUGUACAUGUGAAAAUUCACCAAUACACUUACAUUUAAUAGCUAUCCUUUAAAUUCAACGAUCAUUACACUGCCGCUAGACGAGACUUUUUCCGAACCUAUGGAGAAUUGGAGGUCAAUUCUUCGCACGUAUAAGGAAAAAAGCGUUUCCUUGGCGACAACUUUGCAGAAUUAAAAUUUUCCAGGAUUACUAAAGCCACUAAUUGAGCGCCUUACAGACAAUUGGAACUAAAUUUCUGAAUUCAAGCAUUGUGGCAUUUAUCCGAUUACUGUAAAGCUUCUACUAAAGAGCGGCUCACAUGUUCCAAGUUCACCAGAAAGAAUUGAGAACAGAGGAAUCGAGGAAUUCCUCAAUUCGGAACGAGAGAUAGUUGAUGAGUGCCGCACACGAAAGCGACGAAAGAUGUUUGAUAUCCCUACAGGAACCAGCAUCACUGCAAAAGACAUCAUCGACGGCAGAAUGAAGAAAACUCUUCAAAUAUGAUCAUUUCCAUCGCACUUCUAGAUGGAUUGACACUAUUAAUGUUACUCAAAUAAUCAUUCAAGACACUUACAUGUUGUCAAAUUACCUUAAACUUUUUGAGAAAUUGAUUUCUAAACAUAAUUCUUAAAAGAAAAAAAUAUGCAUUACUUUGACUCACCCACCCUCCUAAAGCCGGGUUCAGACGGUGCCAGUAAGCAUACGAGUCGGUCUAGUCAGUUACUGCAGUGCAGCUAAUCACACCGUAUGAACACAUCAUGCCAGUUAGUGUCAUGUCUGAUCCGGCAUGCGAGCUGCUUCAAAGUUUUUUGAAUUUACUCGCACUCGCAUCCCUCAAAACGUCAAAAACAGAAUUUAGCGAUCGAAUCAGGGAUGCCAAAUGUAAAGAAAUGUCUCUAAUUUUAAGAUAUUUGAAAAUAUGCGAAGAUAUUUUUAGACUUUAAAAUUAUUGGAAAAACAAACAAAACCCUCAUAGUUUCUAAACGAAAUCGUUGUUAUUUUGUUUUACACGCUGGCUGGGCACGCUUUCUUUUUGAGAUGGUUUUCUUGAGAAUCUCUAAUAUAGAAUCUUUAUCAGGCACAAUUGUCAUUCAAAAUUUACUCACAACUUGCAAAAAAAAAGUAUUGUUCUAAGAAACAGAAUACAUAUUCGAUUCAAAAAAGUACAUUUUCAUUCAUUAUUUAAAUUUUUGACGCGUAUUUAUUCCAUCUGCAAAUCUACUAUCAUUUUCAUUUCACAAAUUGGAACACAAAGCAAGGCGAAUUAAAUAAAAUUUAAAAAAAUCUUUUAGACUGCCAUUUAUAGCAUCACAUACUUUCGGAAUUAUCUUAGCUAAAAUUCUAAAAUUCUAAAAAAAAUAUCGACAACAAUCUGAACGAUAUUCCAGAAGAAAGGCACAUCAAUGACGUUUUUCAAUUUCACUCUUGCAGGUAUAGCAUCCCUCAUGAGUGUAUCUUAGUUUAGUGAAAAAUUAAUACUUUUCGACAAUUUUAUGUGCAUUCGUAAGUUCAUUAUUAGAGAACAUAUCUACAUAAUCAGAAGUGUGUUGAACUCUAAUUUACGAUAGUUAAUUCGAAAACAUCCUUUUUUGAUCCCUAACGACGGUAUUUCUACUACUAAAACCUUUUUGAUCAACACCAAAAUUAAUGUUGGUCAAACGUAAGAAUCGGACGUUGUAAAAUCUAGGGAACAAAGAGGAUGGGGAAGGACUUGCCAUUUGUCAGAAAGGUUCUAAUGACGUAGAAUCACUUUUUCGUAACUCUCUGGUCGUUUUCGCGCAAUGCUAGGCUCAAUCGAUGUAAUGCGACGAAGAUAACCCAUUAAUCAACGAAAAACAACGUUCAGCGUUCCACGGCAUCAAAACAAAAAAACAAAAAAAAGUUGAGCUCGAGCUCAUUUUAUGUUCGGCAAAAAUCCUCAUCGAGCAAUAUCACCAAUUCAGCGUCUUCGUAGGGAUUUGGCCAUCCUUCAAGUGGACGGUUUUCAAUUCAGCGCAUUUGUGGGGUUUUGGCUUUCUGUCACAGAGACGGUCGUCAACAUCGAAAUUACCGUCUUUGAAGCGACAGGGCCAAUCACGACAAGCGCUUCCACUUAGAGCAGCAUAUCCAUAAAAUAACGACUAUUCAUCACAAAUUAAGACAUUUCAAUACGACUAAAGGUUUCUGAUUCCAGGACAAAUUCACUAACGUGUCAAAGCGGUUUGUUUACCAUGUUUACCAAAUCUAUGCGUGGGUUAUGACGUUUAGGAUAUGUCGAACACGACUUGCAUUUACUGCUUCUUUUGAAAAACGAAAAAAAAAUCAUGGUUCUGUACAUGUUAUCUACUAAUUUUAGCAGUCUAAGACAGGCUCUUAAGGGGGUAUUCUAGUGUAGAAAUUUCAAAAAAAUCGAUUUUUUUUCUUCAUAUCUCUAAAGUUUAGACACUCAAGAAUAUCCCAUUAUCUACCGAGUCAUAGCCAUUUUAGUGAUGCGGUAUAUAAUCCAUAACGGCCAUAACAAUUAACUUCAAAUGCGUUUUUCUCGAAACUAGUUUUUUUCAAACUGGCGUACACGAUAUCUCAUGUUCUACUGAACUGAUUUAUAUCAAAUUUAUAUGAAUACAAUCUGUAUGUAUCUUUCUAUCGCAUGAACCAAAAGAAAAUAAUAAUUUCAUCGUUACGUAAUUUGUGCACGACGCCUAACCAGAAGGGUUAGCCAUGGCACAAUUUGUUUUUGAACACCCUCACCUCAUCAGCUUGCAACUAUUCUAGUUAUGAGUAUUUUUUCCAUAAAAUUUUUGUUUCAUUAUUAAAAGAUAGAUAAACAAAUAAUGAUAUAAUGGAUAGUAAAAAUAUUCUUUGUUUUAUUUUUUCGUAGCUCGUAAAAACGUCCGAAAUUCGUGCUUCUACACUAGAAUACCCCCUUAAACACUAUUCUCACAUAAGUACCGAGCUUGAUUCCCAAACAUUCUACCAACAUAACAUGAGAGAAGCUAAAAAUGUGGAUUUUAAUUUCCACGAAGUAUCCGAAAAAAGUGACUAUCCGAACAUAAUUUGCAUGUUUAUGAUAUUGUGAAUGUUAUACAAUACUUGUGAAAAUAUGACUCUUGAUAAUUAGAUGUGAUAUGGUUUUUAUUCAUCUAUAGAAUACAGAAUAGAAUACUAAUGAGUUUAUUCGUCCUUCUUCAUGUUUUUGUUUGUUCAAAAUUCGUUUGAAAAUUCUUGGUUAUACACAGCCAAUCACACUAUAUCUUCCUUAUAUUUCUACAUAUCGAACUCAGUUGUAAAUAAAGUUGGUUUUCGCGUUAUACUACAAAUAAUUAAAUUCUUAAAGGAUGAAUUAGUUUCCGCAUAAGAAAAAGUUGGUUAAUCAAUUGUUAAUGUAAUACCUUUAUGAUACCUGUGGCCAAAAGUAGGCAAAUCGCUAUAUCAAUGAUAUUAGUUUACCGGUCUUGUAAAACAAGAUCGUCGUGCAUUUUUAACAACGUUUAGUGCAAAAUGAAGCGGCGUUCUAAACGCGUUCGACUUAUCCAAAUUCCUUAUAGUUAAAAACUAUUACAUAUCUUUUAAUGUGUGAUCACCUCCUACCUUGAUUAGGAACCCAAAUAUCAGUAGUUACCUUUUAUCGAUCCGUAUAUUUAGGCACCCAAACACAUUCCGUGAAUAUUUUAAAUUCCGAAGACAUAGAACGCAAGGUUUGAGAGCAAACAAAUAUAUUUUAUAGUCACCAUUUUCUGUCCGCAAAACGAACACAACCAAAUAAUGUUCAAACAAUCUUCAAUCGAAUUUAUCGUAGCUAUUGACUCAACUGAAUAACUUCUUCUUCGAUUACGUAUGCUACCACUACUUAUAAGAAUAUUAACGCUACUACUAGUUAUGAAACAAUGAAAAACAUACUGCUCAAUAGCGAAAAAUUACAGAGAAAACUGACAAAAAAGACGAAGAGAUGAAAUUAACGGAAACAUUCCUAUAAUUAUCGAUACUAAUACGAACAGGUGUAUGAGAACAUGUGGUAAAGUGGAUAUUCUAAUUGUUUGUAAAAAGGAAUCGACAAAAUGUAAUAACAACAACUAAACUAGUUCAAUAUAUUCCAAAAGACGAAUCAUGUUGUUUUAUGCUCACUAUCUAGACUUUUCAUAUAAUUUAUCGUUAAGUAAUGAACCUGUAUAUAAGAUGAAAUUCCAUUUUCAACUCGCAAAAUGUGUUUAAUAGCUUCAAAUUUAUUUACACUCAUGAGAAGAAUAAAUACAUCUCCACCACGACCACACCACCACCACCACCACUACUAUUUCUACACAGUUGCAAACAUGCGUAAAGUACUGCAAAAUAAAUGUAAGCCUGCAGUACAAAACAAAACAAUACAAAGAUAGAAAAAAACAAUCGAAAGCUUGACAACCGAACUGGAAGGAUACAAUCGACCAUGUUAUCAAUCGAGAUAUGCUUCCACAAUGAAAUACACGAUCAUUGGAAAAUAUUAAUCAACUUCGAAUCAUACACAUCAAAAAUCACAAAUUUAUUUUCCCACAGCCAUGUGUAAGACGUAAAAGUUACUACAAAUGCAAUGGCCAACAAGCAAAUGAUUUCCAUUUAAACGGAAAAAAGUCACACAAUAUUGUAGAUAGCAUUCACAACCGAAAUGUUUGUGAAAAACUAGUUGAAUUGAAUCAAUACGUAGAAAUAGUGUGACAGAAAAGCAAAUAGGGAAGGAAUAAAUGCGCGAGGUUCAAUGUAAGGCACGCGGAACAAGUGUUUAAGUUUUUAAUUUUCAAAUGAGGAAAAAGUUUUAAGUUCUAAUCGUCUCGAGAAAAAUCGGUGUUGAGAAGAUUGGCCGUUGGUCGAAACUCUCGAACCGAAAUUCGUUAAGAGUUAUACACCAAAAAAGUGUAAAUAGUAAAAAAAAUCGAAGUGAACGAAAAUAAUAAUAAUAAUGAACUAUAUUAACAUUGACAGCUUUCUAUUGAUAGGGUAUGAGCGAGGUUAGAGCAAAGGUAGGAUAUGUUCAAGAAAAGUUGGUCAUUGUUACACCAAUGGGAGGAAACAUUGCCAGAGGAAAACAAGCGAUAUAGCUCUAAAUAUAAAUAUGAAACAAUUCAACGUUUAUUGGAUUUAAAGGCGUGUAUAAAAUUGUUUAGAAUUAUGAUGAACAUAUUCUAAUGUGAUGCCCUAGUUGCUGUUGCAUUCAAUGCGCACUGUCAUCGGCACAACACCUUUCGAAAAUAUUUUGAGAUACUGCAUUUCCCUCUAACUGAUGCAAUAGUUUCUCCCAACUGUAUACUGUGUGACUGGACUAUUUGUUGCAAAAACCUUUUUGUCCUUAAUUUCCGCAUGAGGGCAAAUGCAGCUUGGCAACUGUUGUUGGAUGCAAUAGUCUUCGAGAUUAAGAAUUUGUAUUGAACAUUAAUUUCGAAAAAAAAAUAAAUAUAUUACGUUUGUGACAUUGUACCGACAGAAUGAAUCUCGAUUGAAUACGCUUAAAAAUUGAUGUAAUAAAACAAAAAGAGAAAAAAAAUCAAACAAUAAUAGAAAUCGGUUUCCUCAUGUAGAAAUAUAUGUAUAAUCAUUCAAGAGAAAAGAAAAGAAGGAAUAUAUAUACAUCACAUUCAGAGAAAGAGAGUAACGUCGAUACCUGAAGAUAUCUUUAUGUGCGGUUGAUUCUUCUCUAAAAGUUUGGCUUGAUGAGAAUAGAACCUACAUAUUAUGUAUCGAAAGCUAUUGUUCCAACAAAAGAUCCCGAUCAUUCAUAUACAUUUUUUUUCUAUAAUUACGAGCAUUGAAUAACGGACCACUUCUUAAUAAUCAACAACAAAAGCAGAAAUCAUAAAAAUGAAUAAAGUGAGGCAAACAUUUUACAGAAGGGAAACGAUGAACAUACUUGUAUGUUAUUAUUAUAGGGUAUGGUAAGAAAGCAAGAAAGUAAACUUAAUAUGAUAAACAAUAAGUCAAUUAAACUGUAUAUUUUUAUAUAGGAAUAGCGACCGAGAUAGAGCGUAUUUAUCAAUUUCAAUCUCAAUAAAUAGUUUCCCCUGAUUAAAAUUGUAAGCCUCUACUGUUUACUGUAAAAUAAGCUACAAUAUUUACGUAAUCCAGGUUAGGCAAACUUCCAAUUUUAGUUCAAAGUAGAAGCGAUGGAGCAGUAGAUAAGCUGACAUACGAUUGUUUAUCCAACUACAGAGCGCUGUAAAUGUGUAAAUAGUGAGAGCAAAUAUUUAAUGUAAUGAUAAUCGCAUAUGUCUGAAACAAGUAAUAACAAGAACAAACCAAUAUCUAAAUUUACAACAAAAUCAAAAGUUAAAAACGACAGAUAUACAUAGUUCGUUUGUAGCGACUGGAAGUAAGAACGUGUUUUCCUGGUUUUCGGCUUGUUAUGUAGUUUUAAAUUUUUACAACAACAAAAAAAAACAACAAAUUGCAAUGGCAGCAAACCACAAGUAGCGUUUAAAUUCGAAUUAAAUAUAUCAUACUAAUAGUAAAAAUUAUAUAUUGCGCAAAUUUUAUAUUAAACACAAAGAGAUAGCGUGUGAAGGUGCUGCGUGUGUGAACGUUGAUAGUUGAGUCGUCGAGAAUAAUAAAAAUAAAUCGGACGGAAGAGAUACCGCAUCAAACAACAUUAAUCUGAUGAAAACGAAAUUAUUUUAUUAGUACUGAGAAUGUAUGAAGCGACAGCUUCCCGAUACACGCGUGAACAGAGCAGAUGAAAAUGGUAAAGAAGUAAUGUCUAUAAUAGUUAAAAAGAAAAUAAGUUCAUUUAUAUUUAACAAGUAGAAAGAUAGUUAGAAUUUUGUUAAAAUUCAAAAAAGGUUCUUAUUAAAAUUGAUAGAUAAUGAUUAAAAAGGUUGUGUAAUUAUUUGAAAUCAAUAGGAGGGUUAAAUAGAAAACAAUGGAGUGUAAAUAUAGAU